AUGGAUGUUACGAAGACGGUCGGGGAGGACAACCCGCUGGCCUCCGCCGGCUUUUUCUCCAGGGUCUUCCUGUGCUGGCUGUCGCCCUUCCUGCACCUCAGCCACAAACGCCAGCUGGAGGAGAGCGACAUGUACAGCGUCCUUCCAGAGGAUCGCUCAGAGACGCUGGGAGAGGAGCUGCAGAGAUAUUGGGACCUUGAAGUCCGACGAGCGACCAAACAGCUCCACAAGCCGAGGCUGAGCAGAGUUCUCAUCAGCUGCUACGGGAAGCGGUUCGCCGCGGCCGGACUCUUUGUGUUUUUCAUUGAAGUGAUCAAAGUGAUCCAGCCUCUUCUCCUGGGGAAGAUCAUCCUGUACUUCGAGAACUACGACCCCGGCGACCAGAUGAGUCUUUACCUGGUGUACGCCUACGCUGCCGCCAUGUCGCUGUCCUCCUUCGCGCUGACCAUCCUCCAGCAUCUCUACUACUACAACCUCCAGAGGAUCGGCAUGAAGAUCCGAGUGGCCAUGUGUCACGUCAUCUACAGGAAGGCUCUUGGCCUCAGCAGCGAAUCGAUGGGAAGAACAACCACUGGACAAAUAGUCAACCUCCUCUCCAACGAUAUCAACCGGUUUGACGAGAUCCCUCUGAACCUGCACUACCUGUGGGUCGGGCCCCUGCAGGCCGUGGUCAUCCUCGUUCUCCUCUGGUUCGAGAUCGGACCCUCGUGCCUGGCCGGCGUGGCGGUCAUCCUGCUCAUGCUGCCCGUGCAAACCUGGUUCGGAAAGCUCUUCGGCAUCUUCAGGAGCAAAAUGGCCGUCCUGGCAGACAGUCGAAUCCGGAUCAUGAACGAGGUGGUUUCCGGCAUCAGGAUCAUCAAGAUGUACGCCUGGGAGAUCCCGUUCUCUGCUCUGGUCACGGAGGUCAGGAGGAAGGAAAUCAGUCAGGUGCUGAAGAGCUCCUACCUGCGAGGGCUCAACAUGGCCUCCUUCUUCGCCAGCAGCAAGAUCAUCGUGUUCGUUACCUUCACCGUCUACACUCUGCUGGGCAACGCCAUCACCGCCAGCACCGUGUUCGUCACCGUGUCCCUGUACGGGACCAUCAAGCUCACCGUCACCCUGUUCUUUCCCCUGGCGGUGGAGAAGCUGUCCGAGACGCUGGUGAGCGUGGGCAGGAUUCAGGAUUUCCUCCUCCUGGAUGAGGUGGAAAGGAAAAAAGUUGGACUGACUGUGAAGGAAAAGGACGAGGACAUGGUCAAGAUCGAGAAGCUCACCUGCUACUGGGACAAGACUUUAGAUGCACCUUCUUUGCUCAACAUCUCAGUCACGGCCAAGUUGCACCAGCUCGUGAUUGUAAUCGGACCAGUUGGGGCAGGAAAGUCGUCCCUGCUGAGCGCCAUCCUGGGAGAGCUGCCUCGUGAUACGGGGACGGUGAAAGUGGGCGGUCAGCUGACCUACGCCUGCCAGCAGCCCUGGGUGUUCCCGGGAACCAUCCGCAGCAACAUCCUGUUCGGGAGGGAGCUGAACGCCAAGCGGUACGAGAAAGUCCUCAACGCCUGCGCUCUGAAGAGGGAUCUGGAGCUGUUCCCAGAUGGAGACCUGACGCUGAUCGGAGACCGAGGAGCCACCCUCAGCGGGGGUCAGAAAGCUCGCAUCAACCUGGCGAGAGCUGUGUAUCAGGAGGCAGACAUCUACCUUCUGGAUGAUCCUUUGAGUGCAGUGGAUACAGAAGUGGGAAAACAUCUGUUUGAACAAUGCAUCUGCGGCCUGCUGAAGAACAAGUGUCGUAUCCUGGUCACACACCAGCUGCAGCAUCUGAGAGCGGCGGACCAGAUCCUGGUCCUCAAGGAGGGUCACAUCACGGCUCGGGGCACCUACAGCGAGCUGCAGAGCAUGGACCUGGACGUGGUGACGCUCCUGCGGAGCGAGGAGGAGCAGGACAAAUGGUCGCGCUCGGCCGAAUCGGACAAACUGUCCAUCCUGAGCCGGACGACUCGCUCCCUCAGCUCGCACUGCUCCCACAGCAGCCUGCUGCCUCCGGAGAGCAACGGCACCGACAAGCCGCCUGUCGAAACGUUGCGGGGCUUUGCGGAAGAGGCUCGGGCCGAAGGGAACGUCAGCGGCGACAUUUAUCUCAAGUAUUUCACCGCCGGCUGCCACUUUUUGGUGCUGAUCCUGAUCGUCCUGCUCAGUGUCGUCGCAGAGGUUGCAUACAUCCUGCAGGACUGGUGGUUGGUGUACUGGGCGAAGGAGGAGUAUUCCAACAGCACGGUCACAAAUGUGAACCUGAAAAACGCAGCCAACGUUACUCAUUCAGGUCAAGACAACAACCUGAAAUUUUACCUCGGCAUCUACGCAGGUUUGACGGCGGCCGCCGUGGUGUUCAGCUACGCCAGGAGCUUGGUGAUCUUUCACGUGCUGGUGAGAGCGGCUCAGACGCUGCACAACAGCAUGUUCAACGCCGUGCUGCGCACGCCCGUCCUCUUCUUCGACGUCAACCCCAUAGGGAGAAUCCUCAACAGGUUCUCCAAAGACAUCAGCCAAAUGGACUCGAUGCUUCCCAUCACAUUUAUGGAUUUCUAUCAAUUAUUUCUGCAGAACGUGGGCGUCGUUGCCGUGGCGGCCUCAGUCAUCCCUCUCAUCCUCAUCCCCGUCGUUCCGCUGCUCUUUUUCUUUUUGUACAUGAGACGCUUCUACCUCAGGACGUCGCGCGACGUCAAGCGCCUUGAAUCCACAACUCGGAGUCCCGUCUUCUCCCACCUGUCCUCGUCGCUGCAGGGCCUGUGGACCAUCCGGGCCUUCGGGGCCCAGGACAGGCUGAAGAGAGCCUUCGACGCCCAUCAAGACCUCCACUCAGAGGCGUGGUUUCUCUUCCUGAUGACCUCUCGCUGGUUCGCGCUCCGACUCGACAGCAUCUGCUCCAUUUUCAUCACCUUUGCGUCGUUUGGAUGCAUCCUGCUCCGAAACGGCCUGGAGGCUGGAGAGGUGGGCCUGGUGCUGACCUACGCCGUGACGCUGGUGGGGAACUUCCAGUGGACAGUGAGACAAAGCGCCGAGGUGGAGAACAUGAUGACCUCCGUGGAGAGGGUGGUGGAGUACACGGAGCUGAAGAGCGAAGCGGCCUGGGAGACGGAGCGGCGCCCGCCCGCCGACUGGCCGAGUCGAGGGAGCAUCACCUUCAGCAGGGUGAACUUCUCCUACAGCGCCGACGGCCCGACGGUCCUCCGGGACAUCAGCACCAGCUUUCAGCCCAACGAGAAGGUGGGGAUCGUCGGCAGGACGGGCGCGGGGAAGAGUUCCCUGAUCUCCGCUCUGUUCCGCCUGGCUGAGCCCCGGGGAACCAUCCUCAUCGACGGCGUGGUGACCUCUGAGAUCGGCCUCCACGACCUGCGCCGGAGGAUGUCCAUCAUUCCUCAGGAUCCGGUGCUGUUCACCGACACGGUGAGGAAGAACCUGGACCCGUUCAACCAGCACACUGACGAGAGCCUGUGGAGAGCCCUGGAGGAGGUGCAGCUGAAGUGCGUGGUGGAGGAGCUUCCCGCCAGGCUGGAGACCGUCCUGGCCGAGUCGGGCUCCAACUUCAGCGUUGGCCAGAGGCAGCUGGUGUGUCUGGCCAGGGCCAUACUGAGGAAGAACCGCAUCCUCAUUAUCGACGAGGCCACGGCCAACGUGGACCCCAGGACGGAUGAGCUGAUCCAGAAAACCAUUCGGGACAAGUUCAGAGAGUGCACCGUGCUCACCAUCGCCCACCGCCUCAACACCAUCAUCGACUGCGACCGCAUCCUGGUGCUGGACAGCGGCUCCAUCGUGGAGCUGGACAAACCCUUCAACCUGCUGAAGAACACGGACGGCGUGCUCUACAAGAUGGUGCAGCAGCUGGGCCAGGCCGAGGCGGCGGCGCUGCUGGAGCAGGCCAGGAAGGCCUCGCAGGAGACGCAGCGCUCCUCACAGUGUCCCGGGCGGAGGAGGACUUCAGAUUCAUGACGAACUCAACGCGAGGCCUUCUUUGAAAGACUUUGUCGAAAUACUAUUUUUAUUAUUUUUUUUUUUUUUUACCUUUCCAAGUGUGGGAACGGCCAGAGGAACAAGCUCGGUGUUGCGUUUUCCAGCGAAUGGCUUUAAAGAGAUACACUCCAGAGUCAGGGCAGUGGAAGCUUCUUCUUUUCACUGGAAUAAAAACUGUCACAUUUUUUAGGGUUUUUUUUUUUUUUGUACCACUUUCUUAUAAAGUUUGAGGAGUUUUUACUUAACUUGCAUUUUGUUGGUAAUUUAUUGCCUUGGGGUUGUUUUUUUUUUGUGAUUAUUUUAUGAGGUCUGCAGUAGUGUUUGUUGGACGUGUGACUGUGGAUUUAAUGUCUGAUUCAUCCAGUUUACCAGCUCUUUCUGAUUAAGAGUGAACUACAAAUUUUCCAGAAGCAGUUAACCUUCAGAUAGAACAGAAUUUUAAUACAUUUAGUAUUUCUAUGGAUUUUAAAAUUUAAAGUUUUCUAAAUGAUAUAAUUGAGGCAUCAAAGUUGUUACUUUUUGUUUUAUUAUAUGACUUUUUUUUUUGUUCUAAAGACGAUGACUUCUGUCAGAAAGUAGAAAGAAAUGAAAUAGACUUUUAAAAGUGGUUUGAUAAAAACACGUCACUUGAUAGAAACAAAACCAAGUUUAUGGUUUUUACACAUGAAAAAACAGGAUGGGAAAGUUUCUUUGUCUAUAGAUACAUAGAGUUAACUGCAGUUUCCUCAGUCUUGACUGAUGAAACGUAAAGAUCUAGUUGCGCUAUACUAGCUUACUUCAGAAGAUCAGGGCAACAGAAGGAAAUUUCAUUUCAAACAUCAAUUUUUCAGGACAAAUUUAAAAGAGGUGCAUUUCAAUAUGUGGUGUCAGAUUGUGGAUAAUUCGUUACAGACAGAGCUGAAGACGUGUGUUAAUACUGUUCACUUUAAAAAUUACAAUAUUUAGAGGGUAUGAACCUGAUGAAUGCUGCCUGUUAUGUAGACUGUAAAUGUAUGAGUGGGGAUGAUAAUGGAGUGCUGAUUGUGAAGUAAAUGACUGA